AUGGCGGGCGACCAGGUACACGUGCUCGCGGCGCUGGACGGGGCCAAGACGCAGUGGUACCACUUCACGGCCAUCGUCGUCGCCGGCAUGGGCUUCUUCACCGACGCCUACGACCUCUUCUGUAUCUCCCUCGUCACCAAGCUCAUCGGCCGCAUCUACUACACCGUCCCGGGCUCUCCCAGCCCAGGCAGCCUCCCGCCGACCGUCUCCGCGGUCGUCAACGGCGUGGCGUUCGUCGGCACGCUCUCAGGCCAGCUCUUCUUCGGCUGGCUCGGCGACAAGGUCGGCCGGAAGAGCGUGUACGGCAUGACGCUGAUGCUGAUGAUCAUCUGCUCCGUCGCGUCGGGGCUCUCGUUCGGCCGCACGCCCACCAGCGUCAUGGCCACGCUCUGCUUCUUCAGGUUCUGGCUGGGCUUCGGGAUCGGCGGCGACUACCCGCUCUCCGCCACCAUCAUGUCCGAGUACGCCAACAAGCGGACGCGCGGGGCGUUCAUCGCCGCCGUCUUCGCGAUGCAGGGGUUCGGCAUCCUCGCCGGCGGCGGCGUGGCGAUCGGGAUCACGGCGCUGUUCAGGGCCCUCUUCCCGGCGCCGCCGUACGCGGCGGACCCGGUGGCAUCCACCCCGGACCAGGCGGACUAUGUGUGGCGCAUCGUGCUCAUGCUCGGCGCGCUCCCCGCCGCGCUCACCUUCUACUGGCGGAUGAAGAUGCCGGAGACGCCGCGGUACACGGCGCUCAUCGCCAAGAACGCCGAGCGCGCCGCGGCCGACAUGUCCAAGGUGCUCAACGUGGAGAUCACCAAGGAGCAGGCCGGCGACCUGGAGACCGCGAUCUCCAUCAAGUCCCACACGUCGCCGUCGUUCGGCCUCUUCUCCAGGGAGUUCAUGCGGCGUCACGGGCUCCAUCUCUUGGGAACGGCGUCGACCUGGCUCCUCCUGGACAUCGCCUACUACUCGCAGAACCUGUUCCAGAAGGACAUCUUCAGCGCCAUCGGGUGGAUCCCUCCGGCGCCGACGAUGAGCGCGCUGGAUGAGCUCUACCACAUCGCGCGCGCCCAGAUCCUGAUCGCGCUGUGCGGCACCGUGCCGGGCUACUGGUUCACCGUCGCCUUCAUCGACUCCGUCGGCCGCUUCAAGAUCCAGCUCAUGGGUUUCUUCAUGAUGACGGCAUUCAUGCUCGGCCUCGCCGGGCCGUACGACUACUGGACGGGCCAGGGCCACCAGGUCGGGUUCGUCGUCAUGUACGCGCUGACCUUCUUCUUCGCCAACUUCGGGCCCAACGCGACCACCUUCAUCGUCCCCGCCGAGAUCUACCCGGCCAGGUUCCGCGCGACGUGCCACGGGAUAUCGGCCGCGUCGGGGAAGGUGGGCGCCAUCAUCGGCUCCUUCGGGUUCUUGUACCUGGCCCAAAGCCCCGACCCGGCCAAGACAGCCCAUGGAUACCACCCCGGCAUCGGCGUGCGCUACUCCCUCUUCGUGCUCGCCUUGUGUAGCUUGCUGGGGUUCAUGCUCACGUUCCUCGUUCCCGAGCCCAAGGGCAAGUCGCUGGAGGAGAUGUCGCGCGAGACCGAGCCCGAUCAUUGCUAACUAGUCUACUCGUUGCUGCAUGAAGAUCCGCUAGUCUACU